GACUAUUUACCAUGAUCUACUUUUGCUAGAAAACCAAAUACCUUGGUUUGUACUUGAGCUCUUGUUUGACAUGACUAGAAGCUCCGAAAGCAAAAUGACUUUGGUUGAACUUGCUAUCACAUUCAUCCGCUCCGCAUUCUCAUCAGAUGAUAAACAUCUGAUGAGAAUGAGCUUCUUGACAGCAGCUCAAGGAUCGUUCAUAUCAUUGAUCUUACGAUCUGGGAUUUUUAGUAACUGGUUGAACAAUAAGGAGGCGGUUGACCUCUUAAACAGACUUCGCAGUGGGUAUCAAAUGGAUAAGUUCUAUUAUGCUGAUCUUUGCGAGGAAAUAGACAGUUAUUGCCGGAAAUGUUCGCGACAAUGGCGAGUUUCUUUCAUCGACAACUAUUUGACGAAGCCAUGGGCUAUCGUGUCUGUAAUUUUUACCGCCAUCGUCUUGGUUUUCACCAUCAUGCAGGUCUUCUAUAAGUAGGAGAGUCUAGUUUUUAGAUUUGUCAAGGUAUUGCCUGGAUAUUGCUCUAAUAUGUUCCUCUUCUUUUGCUUGUACUCUUUCGAUUGAUGUUGUAUCUUUUGCUCUGUUGCUUCAAUAAAAUAUCAUUUUUGAA